UUCUGGAGCGCCGCCGCCGAUUCUUCCGGGACUCGCUUGGAGAGUUCCGCACAGCAACCUCGCCGCUCACCUGGAGAAGCCGCCGCCUCUGCCGGUCAGUCUCUCCUUCGGAAGCAGCUGGCGGGCUGUGGUGCGUCGUCCCUACCCCCACCCCGGUGGCGUCUCUCCUUGGCUGGCCACUUGAGAGAGCCAGCCCACCCGGCUCUUAAGCUUGGCCAGGCCAGUCGCCGCCGCCCCGUCAGGAGUUAGUUGGAGGGUGCGAAGUUUUCAGGAGCUCCCUUGCCUGGCUGGAAACAUGGCCACCGGGGGCUACCGAGGCAGUGGCGCCAGCGCUGCUGCUACCACCACCACCACCACCACCACCACCACCGACUUCUUGGAGGAGUGGAAAGCCAAGCGAGAGAAGAUGCGGGCGAAGCAGGCACCGCAGGCGGGAGGGCUGGCGACGGCUCCAGGAGAUGGCAAACCCCCCGGGGCCGCCCCCGUCGCCGCCACGGCCGGCGCCGCUACUACUACUGUCAGCAGCAGCAGCAGCACCACCACCACCACCGAGCUUAACAACAACAACAACGGCGGCGGCAUGAAUUGCAUCCCUCUGGCCAGAAGCGCUCCGAAGGAGCCCCCGUCGUCGUGCCCAGGCGGAGCCAGAGCGGGAGGCGCGGAGCCCUCCAUGGGCAAACCCGGCGUGGCGCCGGCUUCCCCCGAGGACGAGAAAGCGUCAGCCAAGGGCAAAGGCUCCUCCGGCCCCAGCGCCCGGAAAGGGAAAGGGCAGAUCGAGAAGAGGAAGCUGAGGGAGAAGAGGCGCUCGACAGGUGUGGUGAACAUCCCCGCCACCGAGAGCUUGGAUGAAUAUGAUGAUGAUGAAGCAGGACAAAAGGAACGUAAAAGGGAAGAUGCAAUUACACAGCAAAACACUAUGCAGAAUGAAUCGGCCAGUGCAGACCCAAGUGCUUCACUCAUAUUACAGGACACCUCUAGAACUAUUUCAAACAGAUAUAAAAGCACAACAAACACACCAGACGAUGAUGUUUCUAGCAGACAUUCACGAGCAGCAGACAGGACAGGAUAUAACAGAUACAGCAGGGAUGCAAAUUCUUCUGGGAACAUUGUACCAAGUAAUUCUUUGGAAAAGAAAAUUGAAGAUCUUGAAAAGGAGCUAGCAAAGGAGAGACAAGAAAACCUAAGGCUUGUGAGGAUAGCGCAAGACAAAGAGGAGUUGAUUGGGAAACUGAAGGAGGAAAUUGAUUUAUUAAACAGGGAUCUAGAUGAUAUAGAAGAUGAAAAUGAGCAAUUAAAGCAGGAAAAUAAGACACUCUUAAAAGUUGUUGGACAGCUGACAAGGUAGAAGAUGGAAACCUCAAUGAGAAAUGAAAUAUGAAAACUACUGAUUGAAUGUUUAAAGAUCAAGGCUAGAAUAUUUCCUUUGAUGCAAUAUGUCAAAACAACUGUCUUUAUAUUUAUUAUUAAGGGGUGGGGUGGGGAGAAUGAAUGUUUUACCUAAUGCUCUUUCUUCCUUCAGUGAAAUAGAAGCAAGUUCUGUAAAUAGUUUUGAACUCAUUCCCUUGCAUUUCCCAAGAUAAUUAAUUCAAAUAUUGACAUUCUUCAAAAUAUCAGGUUCUUGAAUGUUUUUUCUGUCUUUAGAUUAUAUGUGUAUGUCCUAGUAACAGUUUUUUAAACAUAUGUGAUCACCAAGUUAGCAUUUUAGUCUAUAUGGACAUUACUUCUUUUGGCUACCACCUGCACACCACCACCACCACCUGGCAAUAAAUGAAAGGAAGUAAUAGGAGUAAACUUUGUUUACACAGAUUUAAAAUAUAUAUAUAUUGGAAGAUAAUUGCUAUUUGUUCAAACAGUUGUAUACUGCAAGUGCCUUACUACAGUCCUGAUGUGAAACAUUUUACAGAUGGGUUACUUAUUCAACAAAGAAUCUGGUAUUUUGUGAUUUUGUUUUAUACUGUACCUGAAAUACUGACCAUGGUAGAUAGUAUUCCCCCCGCCCCUGUGUAGCUGCUCUUUGACAGAAAACUGUUUUAUAAAACAUCAAUAAAUCACCAAUCAUUAUCAACACUAGCAAAGUAGUUUUAGGAAUAUCCCUAUUUUGUUUGCUAUAGGUUAAUCACAAUGCUUGUUUGUCCACGGGAAAACUGGUUACUUUUGUACAAGGGGAAAUCUAGAGAGUGCCACUCUAUUUGUAUGGCCUGGUUUGGAUAUUAUGACCAUAAUUUAUUGGACUGAGAACGGAUGGUCUUCCUGGUUUUGUAUUCAGAGCUUAAACCACAGUUUCCUGAAGCAGAUGCAGUGGAAACUAUGGCUUAACAAAUGCCAGAAGCUUUGCAUCACAAUGCAACAGAGAAGAAGAAGAGCAAGUAUGUGGGCACAAUGCUCGUUCUUGGUCCAAUAAGUCAUGGUUAAUUGGACCAAGGUUGAUUUGUCUGAACGGAGCCUAUUAGAGUGCAAUGGCAUGAUUUUCACCCAAGGUUUUUUAUCAUGCUAGAAUCAAAAUAUAAUAAAUCAAGAAUCUUGCAUGAUUCAUAAAGGUUUUUGAAGCUGUGAUAAAAUGUGUUAAUGAAUAUAGUUUACAAAAGGGAAGAUCAUGAUUUUGGGGCCCUCUAAAAGUUCUAUAGAGAACUAUCUAUUCUAGAAUAACACUAAUGUUUGUUAAAAUAAAGUAUGCUGCAUGUUCUGAUACACACAAAUGUCAGUUGUCUGUGUCACUAUUUUGUAUUAUGACCAACGAAAUCUUCCUUAUAAACUACCAAAAGAAGUAAAGUUUUUCCAAACCUC